AUGGAGCCCACUGACCCACAGAGGAGAAGAGUCGCCGUUGUCGGGGGUGGUCUGGUGGGUGCAUUAAACGCCUGUUUCUUUGCUAGACGAGGUUUCCAUGUUGACGUUUAUGAAGCCAGAGAAGAUAUCCGGGUGGCCAGCUUUGCCCGUGGCAGAAGCAUUAACUUGGCCCUGUCCCACAGAGGACGCCAAGCCCUCCGAGCCGUGGAGAUGGAAGAGCAGAUCGUGUCCAAAGGCAUUCCCAUGCGGGCCAGGAGGAUCCAUACACCGUCAGGGAAGAAGUACUCCAUCCCCUACGGGAAGAAGAACCAGUACAUUCUCUCUGUGGACAGAGCGAACUUAAACAGAGAGCUGCUAACAGCUGCUGAGAAGUACUCCAACACUAAACUGUACUUCGGACACAAGCUCGUGGGGUGCAACGCAGAGUUGGGGACGUUGACCAUAAAAAGAUCUGGCCAGCAGCCAUUGGAAGUCACCUAUGAUCUCAUCGUGGGGUGCGACGGAGCCUUCUCAACAGUCAGAAAGCAGUUCCUGAGGCAAACUCGCUUUAACUACAGUCACGAGUACAUUCCUCACGGCUAUAUGGAGCUGACCAUCCCUCCCAAGGAUGGAGAUUUUGCCAUGGAACCAAACUACCUCCAUAUCUGGCCAAGAAACACCUUCAUGAUGAUUGCACUGCCCAACAUGGACAAGUCCUUCACCUGCACGCUCUUCAUGCCCUUUGAGGAAUUUGAGAAGCUUACAACAGGGAAGCAAGUCCUGGAUUUUUUCCAGACCCACUUCCCAGAUGCCAUCCCCCUCAUCGGAGAGUAA